AUGGCAGCGGGGACACGUGGGGUCGUCCUGCGGCUCUGCGCCUUAGUUUUUUUGCUUGAUGUGGCUUCCUGUAAAGGAUUUGUAGAAGAUUUAGAUGAAUCGUUUAAAGACAGCCGAAAAGAUGACAUCUGGCUUGUCGAUUUUUAUGCGCCAUGGUGUGGUCAUUGCAAAAAGCUGGAGCCGAUUUGGAAUGAAGUUGGUGUUGAGAUGAAAAGCAUCGGUUCGCCAGUUAAAGUUGGGAAGAUGGAUGCUACUUCCUAUUCCGGCAUUGCUUCAGAGUUUGGAGUUCGAGGUUAUCCAACAAUUAAGCUACUAAAGGGGGACUUGGCAUACAAUUACAGAGGGCCGCGGACCAAAGAUGACAUCAUUGAGUUUGCUCACAGAGUGUCCGGAGCUCUAGUUCGGCCACUUCCGAGUCAGCAAAUGUUUGAACACGUGCAGAAAAGACAUCGUGUGUUUUUUGUUUACGUAGGCGGAGAGUCACCUCUGAAGGAGAAAUACAUAGAUGCUGCUUCAGAAUUAAUUGUAUAUACAUACUUCUUUUCUGCCUCAGAGGAUGUGGUUCCCGAGUACGUGACGCUGAAGGAGCUGCCCGCCGUGCUCGUUUUCAAAGAUGGGACGCACUUCGUCUAUGAUGAGUACGAGGAUGGCGACCUGUCAUCUUGGAUCAACAGGGAGAGGUUUCAGAGCUACCUGACGGUGGACGGCUUCCUCCUGUAUGAACUGGGAGACACGGGAAAGCUUGUGGCUAUUGCAGUUAUUGACGAGAAAAACACAUCAGUGGAACAUACCAGAUUGAAGUCAGCCAUUCAAGAAGUUGCUAGAGAUUACAGAGAUCAGUUCCACAGAGAUUUUCAGUUUGGACAUAUGGACGGGAAUGACUAUAUAAAUUCCUUGCUGAUGGAUGACGUGAAAGUCCCAACUGUAGUUGUCCUGAACACAUCAAACCAGCAGUACUUUCUGCUGGACAGGCAGGUGACGAGCACCGAGGACAUGGUCCAGUUCAUCCACAGCGUCCUGGACGGCACAGUGGCGGCCCAAGGAGGGGAUAGCAUUUUGCAGAGAUUGAAAAGAAUGGUGUUCGAUGCCAAAUCGACUGUUGUGUCGAUAUUCAAGAGCUCUCCCUUCAUGGGCUGCUUCCUCUUCGGCCUGCCUCUGGGUGUCAUCAGCAUCAUGUGCUACGGCAUCUACAUAGCCGACCCGGAGGGCAAUUACAUCGAGGAGGAGCGGUACGAGGUGUCCCAGGGCGAGCUCGAGGGCCCGGAGGGCCGGGAGGCGGCGGCGGCGGAGAGCCGGGGGCCGCCGGAGCCGGGGAGCGGGCUGUCGCCGGGGCCCGCGGGGCGGGGGCCCAAGGACGUGCUGGAAAAGAAGACGGACUGAGACCGCGCUAGGAUUUCAAAUUAGUGAAGAGUCUAUUUAUUGAA